AAAUUCCAGAAAGCACUAACCUUUAAAAUUCCACACAGUGUCACUAAAAUUCCAAGGAUUUUGCUUCAAUCCAGAAGAAGAAUAGGGGAAAGGCGUCAAGUAGGUUUUACAGAAGAAGAAGUAGAACAGGGGAGAAAGUGAAGAAGAUGAAUGAUCGUUUUUUUUUUUUUGUAUUAAUUGUUGUUGGUUGGGCUUGGAGGGAGGAUUAUUGAAUGGGGGGCAUUUUAGUCAAGUAAAUUCAGACCAAACGAGUAUAAUUAACGUUUAAUUAAUGGCAAGCUUACUGUAGUAAAUUAGGGAAAAGUUUAGGGGUACCGGUGAUAAUGAAACUUUAAUGAUGUGUACCAUUGAUAAAAGCCAAUACCUGGAGGGUAUUAUUGAUAAUUUCCCAUUUAAUUUUGAUUUGCAGGCAUGCUUAUGAUCGUCAAUUGUCUGUGAUGGAUAUCAUUGGCCUUCGUGCUAAGGUUCCUGGUGCUAUUAUUGUUGAUGGUGGUUCUGGCUACUGUAAAUUCGGUUGGAGCAAGUAUCAGUGUCCAUCAGGGAGAUCAGCCACCUUUAUGGAUUUUGGUAAUAUUGAAGCCCCCAUGUACUCUAGACAUCAUCAGUUUUACAACACCGUAUAUGGCAGGAUGCAAGUGAAAUCAACUAGUCAGCCUAUUGUUGUCUCUAUCCCUGUCUGUCAUAACGAUAGCUCAAGGAAACAACUAAAAGGAGCUAUAUAUUCAGCACUUUUUGACAUGAAUGUGCCUGCUGUUUGUGCAAUAAAUCAGGCAACAUUAGCAUUAUAUGCUGCAAGGAGAACUUCUGGAAUUGUGGUUAACAUUGGUUUCAACCAAACAUCUGUUGUGCCAAGUAAUAAUGGUGUUAUUAUAAAUCUUUGCACUCGAAAGGGAUCAUUAAAAUCUUUUAAGGAGGUGACCUAUCUUAAUACUGCUUGGAAUACCUCAUAUUGGGAUCUACUAGCACAUAGAUUCAGGAAAAGGCGCGUACAUCUAGGACAUAUAAGUAGUACCAUAGUCCCUGAAACUCUUGUCCCCGAAGCUUUAGAUGCACAUUACUUUUUUUCCCGAGAACUGCGAGAACUUCUUCCUCUGUCCUUAUCGGAUGGAAUCAAAGUGAUUCCUCCCCCUUAUGGUGUAGAUUCUGCCUGGCAUGGGGCCAGGCUUAUCAGCAAUAUUGUAUUCAAAGCACUUUGGGGUUUGGGAUUGUGA